AUGAGCGCGCAGAUUCCACUGAGGUUCAGUAUGCCUCAGAUCACCUCGUACACCGGAACCACUGGCCCGACCGAGCAUUUAGAAUCCUACAGGGCUUGGAUGGAAUUACAAGGCACGUCAACCACUACCAUGUGUCAUGCAUUUUCGUUAACGCUAGCAGGAGCACCCCGGAAGUGGAUCCGACAAUUGAAGCAGCACUCAAUCGACUCUUUUGUGCAGCUCAGAAAAGCCUUCAUCACCAACUUCAUUGGGGGGAAAGAAAACCUUAAACCAUCUUCUCAUCUCCUUAAUGUCGUUCAGAAAGAAGGCGAGCUACUGAAGGAUUACAUCAAGCAUUUCAACCUAGAAACGAUGCAGGUGCUGAAGCAUUCUGAGGACAUUGCCUUGACUGCCCUAAUGGGAGGACUUAGGGAACGAAGAUUCCUCUUUUCGCUUGACAAAAACUCUCCGACGACUAUGGCCGACCUCCUCAACAAAGCUCAGAAGUAA